UAACCCUUUCCCGUGCGACUGCUUACAUCAAUCUCGGUCUCGAGCUCGAAGUGUCGCGAAGCUUGGGGCGCGAGCGAACGGUGGAUGGUUUACUAACGAAGAUGAUGUUUGCAAAGGAGGAGAACCUGUGACGUUCUCGCGCGCGCGUGUGUGCGUGUGCGAAGAAAACGGACUGCUGGUAGAAAAGAAAAAAAAAAGGAGCGAGACAGCAAAAAAUACAGGCUUUUAUUUCUCCUUCUGCGGGUUGGAAAUGAACAGAGACGUCAACAUGGCGAUAGCUGUUGCGCCCGUGCGUUCCGACACGAAGCCGUGGCAGUGAAGCUCCCGGUGUGACCGUAGGCUAGCUGGUCCGGAUCCAGGAGCAGGAUGUCAAUAUGGCUGCCCAGCUGCUCGUUCCUCCCGGACCUGACAGCUUCCAGCCCUUCAGGCCAGAAUCGCUCGCUGCUAUCGAGCGGCGCAUCGCUGAGGAAGCCCAGAGGUCCAAAAGCGAGAGGCGGAGCGAUGAAGAUGACGAGAACGGACCCAAGCCCAACAGUGACCUGGAGGCAGGGAAAUCCCUGCCCUUCAUCUACGGGGAAAUCCCUCCUGGACUGGUGUCCGUACCGCUGGAGGACUUGGACCCUUACUACAGCAACCAGACAACCUUUAUAGUAUUGAAUCGUGGGAAGGCGAUAUUCCGUUUCAAUGCCACGCCUGCCCUCUACUUUCUGAGUCCGUUCAACCCUCUGAGGAGGAUCUCCAUUAAAGUUCUGGUGCAUUCGAUGUUCAGUUUUGUGAUCAUGUGCACCAUACUGACUAACUGCGCCUUCAUGACACUUAGCAACCCUCCAGACUGGGCCAAGAAUGUGGAGUACACGUUCACAGGGAUUUACACGUUCGAGUCUCUGAUUAAGAUCUUGGCUCGUGGCUUCUGCGUGGGAAAGUUCACUUUUCUGCGAGACCCCUGGAACUGGCUGGACUUCAGCGUCAUCGUCAUGGCAUAUGUAACUGAAUUUGUGGAUCUGGGCAAUGUCUCUGCACUGAGAACCUUCAGGGUUCUGCGAGCACUCAAAACUAUUUCAGUGAUCCCAGGCCUGAAGACCAUUGUGGGUGCUUUGAUCCAGUCAGUAAAGAAGCUGUCGGAUGUAAUGAUCCUGACCGUCUUCUGCCUGAGCGUGUUUGCGCUGAUCGGCCUGCAGCUGUUCAUGGGAAACCUGCGUCAGAAGUGUGUGAGGUUUCCUCAGUGGAACGACACGCAGAACUCUACCGAGAACAACCUCACCUCGGCGUUCAACAGCACAGGCUUCGAUUUGCUCAAGAUCACCAACACGUUCAACUGGACCGAGUACAUCAAUGACAAGUAUAAUUAUUAUUAUCUUCCCAGCCGCAGAGAUGCCUUGCUGUGUGGAAAUGGCAGUGAUGCAGGGCAGUGUCCUGAAGGAUUUGUGUGUAUAAAGGCAGGGCGUAACCCCGAUUACGGCUACACGAGCUUCGACACGUUCAGCUGGGCCUUCCUUUCCCUCUUUCGUCUCAUGACACAGGACUACUGGGAGAAUCUCUAUCAGCAGACCCUGCGUGCUGCUGGAAAGCCCUACAUGAUCUUCUUUGUGCUGGUGAUCUUUCUGGGUUCGUUCUACCUGGUGAACUUGAUCCUGGCUGUAGUGGCCAUGGCGUAUGAUGAGCAGAACCAGGCCACCAUCGAGGAGGCGCAGCAGAAAGAGGAGGAGUUUCAGGCCAUGCUGGAGCAGCUGAAGAGACAGCAGGAGGAGGCGCAGCAGGUUGCCGCGGCAGCAGCGACAGAGAGUGGCGAGUACAGCGGCAGGGGUGUCCUGUCUGAGGAGAGCUCCUCCGGGGGCUCCAGACUGUCCUCGAAGAGCGCCAAGGAGCGACGCAACAGGCGCAAGAAGAGGAAACAGAGGGAGGAGGAGGAAGAAGAGGAGAAAGCCGACCAGGAGAAGUUUCACAAAUCCGAGUCAGAAGACAGCAUCCGCCGCUCGGGCUUUCGCUUCUCUAUAGAUGCCAACAGGCUGUCCUACGAGAAGAAGUGCUCCACACCGAAUCAGUCUCUUCUCAGCAUACGUGGAUCGAUCUUCUCUCCGAGGAGGAACAGCCGAGCGAGUUUGUUUAGUUUCCGCGGCCGAGCUCGGGACUUUGGCUCGGAGAACGAUUUUGCAGAUGAUGAGCACAGCACGUUUGAGGACAGCGACAGCAGACGAGGCUCGCUCUUCGUACCUCGGCGGAUCGAGAGGAGGAACUCGACGCUCAGUCAGUGUAGCCUCGCCGCUCCACGGAUCGUGCUUCCGGCAAACGGGAAAAUGCACUGUACUGUUGACUGUAACGGGGUGGUGUCAUUGGUGGGCGGAGCCUCUGUGCCGACUUCACCGAUUGGCCGAUUGCUUCCCGAGGGAACGACCACUGAGUCAGAGGUCUGUAAGAAGAGGUCUGGGUCACACCAAGCUUCUGAUUACCUGGAUGACGCUGCAGCUAGGAAAAGAGCUAUGAGUGUAGCCAGUAUUCUCACAAACACUAUGGAGGAGCUGGAGGAGUCGAGGCAGAAGUGCCCCCCCUGCUGGUACAAAUUUGCCAACAGCUUCCUGAUCUGGGACUGCUGCCCCCAGUGGCUGAAAGUGAAGGAGAUCGUCAACAUGGUGGUCAUGGAUCCGUUCGUAGAUCUGGCCAUCACCAUCUGCAUCGUCCUCAACACCCUCUUCAUGGCCAUGGAGCACUACCCCAUGACUAAGGAGUUCAACGAUGUGCUGUCGGUCGGAAACCUGGUAUUCACAGGGAUCUUUACAGCUGAGAUGUGUCUAAAGGUCAUCGCCCUGGACCCCUACUACUACUUCCAGGAGGGCUGGAACAUCUUUGAUGGCAUCAUCGUGAGUUUAAGCCUGAUGGAGCUGGGCCUGGCGAAUGUGGAGGGGCUUUCUGUGCUCAGAUCAUUCCGACUGCUGCGAGUGUUCAAGCUGGCCAAGUCAUGGCCCACUCUGAAUAUGCUGAUCAAGAUCAUUGGGAACUCAGUAGGUGCUCUGGGCAACCUGACCUUAGUCCUGGCCAUCAUCGUCUUCAUCUUCGCCGUGGUGGGAAUGCAGCUGUUCGGGAAAAGUUACCGCGACUGUGUGUGCAAGAUUUCAGAGAACUGCAAGCUGCCACGUUGGCACAUGGUGGACUUCUUCCACUCGUUCCUCAUCGUGUUCCGGGUGCUGUGUGGCGAGUGGAUCGAGACCAUGUGGGACUGCAUGGAGGUGGCGGGCCAGACCAUGUGCCUCAUCGUCUUCAUGAUGGUCAUGGUGAUCGGGAACUUGGUGGUGUUGAACCUCUUCCUGGCUCUGCUGCUGAGCUCCUUCAGCGCAGAUAACCUGGCCUCGACAGACGAUGACAGCGAGAUGAACAACCUGCAGGUCGCCGUGGGUCGCAUCCAGAAGGGCAUCGCCUUCGUGAAGUCGACGCUGAGGCAGUUUCUGCAGAGCCUCUUUUUGGCCGGGUCCAAACCCGGCGCCCUAGACGAGGAGAAGCCUCUGGACGACCUGCACAGUGACGGCAAGGAGAACUGCCUGGCCAACCAUGCGCCCGUGGCUGUGGACGUCGGUAAGGACUUCCUCAAGGAACCCUGCGUGACACCUAGCAACGGGGUGGAAAGCCACGGGAAGUACGGCAUCGAGGAAGGUGACUACAUGUCGUUCAUCCAUAAUCCCAGCCUCACCGUCACGGUGCCCAUCGCCGUGGGCGAGUCAGACUUCGAGAACCUCAACACAGAGGAUUUCAGCAGCGAGUCGUCUGACGUAGAGGGAAGCAAAGAGAAGCUUCCUGUGGAAACGGUUCUUCUGAGUUCUUCUGAGGGAAGCACGGUGGACAUCAGACCCCCGGGAGAGGGGGCAGAGUCUGUAGAGCUAGAACCAGAAGAGUCGCUGGACCCUGAGGACUGCUUCACUGAAGGCUGCGUAAUGAGGUUUCAGUGCUGUCAGGUGGACGUGGAGAAGGGACGAUGGAGGAGCUGGUGGACUCUCAGGAAAACCUGCUUUAUCAUCGUCGAGCACAACUGGUUUGAGUCCUUCAUCAUUUUCAUGAUCCUGCUGAGCAGCGGUGCUCUGGCAUUUGAGGACAUCUACGUAGAGCAGCGUAAGACGGUCAAGACGGUGCUGGAAUAUGCGGAUAAAGUUUUUACGUAUGUCUUCAUCCUGGAGAUGUUGCUGAAAUGGGUGGCCUACGGCUUUGUUAAAUAUUUUACCAACGCCUGGUGCUGGCUCGACUUCCUGAUUGUAGACGUGUCUCUGGUCAGUCUUGUAGCUACUGCCCUGGGUUACUCUGAGCUGAGUGCCAUUAAAUCACUGAGGACCCUGCGUGCUCUGAGACCGCUAAGAGCACUGUCCCGCUUCGAGGGCAUGAGGGUCGUGGUGAACGCUCUGCUCGGCGCCAUCCCGUCCAUCAUGAACGUCCUGCUCGUGUGUCUGAUCUUCUGGCUCAUCUUCAGCAUCAUGGGCGUCAACCUAUUCGCCGGCAAGUACUACCACUGUAUCAACAGCACCACGGACGAGCUCUUACCCCUCGACGUGGUGAACAACAAGUCCGAGUGCCUGGCGCUGGUUAACGACAGCGCCCGCUGGAAGAACGUCAAGAUCAACUUCGACAACGUAGGAGCCGGAUACCUGGCACUGCUCCAAGUGGCCACGUUUAAGGGCUGGAUGGACAUCAUGUACGCAGCGGUAGACUCUCGCAAUCAGGAGGAACAGCCAUUCUAUGAAGUGAACCUGUACAUGUACCUGUACUUCGUCAUCUUCAUCAUCUUCGGCUCCUUCUUCACACUCAACCUCUUCAUCGGUGUCAUCAUCGAUAACUUCAACCAGCAGAAGAAAAAGUUAGGAGGUCAGGAUAUCUUCAUGACAGAAGAGCAGAAGAAGUAUUACAACGCCAUGAAGAAGCUCGGCUCCAAGAAACCACAGAAACCCAUCCCCAGACCCGCAAACAAAAUUCAGGGCAUCAUCUUUGACCUGAUCACCAAACAAGCCUUCGACAUCAUCAUCAUGAUCCUGAUCUGCCUGAACAUGGUGACCAUGAUGGUGGAAACGGACGAUCAGACGAAAGACAUGGACAACAUCCUGUACUGGAUCAACCUGGUGUUCAUCGUGCUCUUCACUGGCGAGUGUGUGCUGAAAAUGUUCUCACUCAGACACUACUACUUCACCAUCGGCUGGAACGUCUUCGACUUCGUGGUCGUGAUUCUGUCCAUCGUCGGAAUGUUCCUCUCAGAGGUGAUCGAGAAGUAUUUCGUGUCUCCUACCUUAUUCCGAGUCAUCCGAUUGGCUCGGAUCGGCCGUAUCCUCCGUCUCAUCAAGGGGGCCAAAGGCAUCCGUACUCUCUUGUUCGCCUUAAUGAUGUCGCUCCCUGCCUUGUUUAACAUCGGUCUCCUGCUCUUCCUGGUCAUGUUCAUCUACGCCAUUUUUGGCAUGUCAAACUUUGCCUACGUGAAACACGAAGCCGGAAUUGACGACAUGUUCAACUUCGAGACGUUCGGAAACUCCAUGCUGUGCCUCUUCCAGAUCACGACGUCGGCCGGCUGGGACGGGCUUCUGGCUCCCAUCCUGAACAAGCGUGAACCCGACUGCGACAGCGAGACCGAGCACCCGGGCAGCUCGUACCGUGGUGACUGCGGCAACCCUUCGGUGGGCAUCUUCUUCUUCGUCAGCUACAUCAUCAUCUGCUUUCUGAUUGUGGUGAACAUGUACAUCGCUGUCAUCCUGGAGAACUUCAGCGUUGCGACGGAGGAAAGCGCCGAACCGUUGAGCGAGGACGACUUCGAGAUGUUCUACGAGGUGUGGGAGCGCUUUGACCCGAACGCUACACAGUUUGUCGAGUAUGACAAGCUGUCAGACUUUGCAGAUGCCCUGGACCCACCGCUGCGCAUUCCUAAACCCAACAAGAUCCAGCUGAUCGCCAUGGACCUGCCGAUGGUCAGCGGAGACCGCAUCCACUGCCUGGACAUCCUGUUCGCCUUCACUCUGCGCGUGCUGGGUGAGGAGGGCGAGAUGGACGCGCUGCGUGGCCAGAUGGAGGAGCGUUUCAUGGCCUCCAAUCCGUCCAAAGUGUCCUACGAACCCAUCACCACCACCUUGCGGCGCAAACAGGAGGAAAUGUCAGCUAUCAUCAUCCAGCGAGCCUUCCGACGCUACCGCAUCCGCAUCACGGUCAAGAAGGCGUCAGACAUGUACCGCAAGCGGCUGCAGAUCGGCAGCGAACCUCUGCCCGAGAAAGAGGUGCUCGUGAUCGGGAAGUUUCCAGAGAACUCCGCAUCGGACAAAACGGACAUGACUCCGUCUUCGGCUUCGCCACCUUCGUAUAACAGCGUAGCCAAAUCAGAGAAGGACAAGUAUGAGAAGGAAAGGCGGGAGAAGGAGAACAAUGCAAAAGACACGCGUGAGAGAAAGAAAUAAAAUCCCGAGACUGUCGAGAGAGAGAGAGAACGAGACGAACGUGAUGAAGAUUGCUCUUAAAUGAGACACUGUUUACAGAUUUUAUGGGGAACAAAGCUAUGGACUUCCUUCACAAAGGUUUUGGGACUCAUGCCAAACUGAGCAUGUCUGUGUGUGUCUGUCUGUGCGUGUCUGUGUGUGUCUGUGUGUGUGUGUGUGUAUUGUUGUGUAUUGAUGAGAGGUCAACUAGAAUGCUUAGUUUUCAGAAAUGUUCGUGUUCAUUUUCUCAACACACAACACGCCGCACACACCCCAACACACCCACACCCACACACCUCAGCACACACACUCACACUCACACACACACACACAUAUGCAUGUACACUUCAGAUAAGAGAGCGACUGUUACUGCUAGGAAGGACUCAUGUGUGCGUGUGUGUGUGUGUGUGUGUGUGUAGAGCGUAGAUUUCGGACGCGUCUUUAGGGAACAGUUACACGGUCAUCAGUAGCUAGCACUGCCACAACCGCUGGUGUCCUUGUUCUUGAACGGCGUAUUAUGAUGUCCCCAUUUACCUGCCCCUGGUUUUCUUACAUUCAUUCCUUUCAUUCCUUUUUUAUUUUUUUUUAUUUUUUAUUUUUUUUAAAAGAACCAUUUCGGAAUUUUCUACUCAGUCCUUCGAUCGUGUGAACUGUUUCAUCAAAGCAUCAACGCAAAGUCUGUCGAGAGCGUGGUGAUGUAGAGCUUUAGUAAAAAAAAAAAAGGAUAAUUAAAAAAAACACAGACAGAGAGAGAGAGAGAGAGAGAGGUUAUAUGUUAGCAGUUAUGUGAAAUAAACUUGGCAGGACGUUUCUGCUCUCUGCGAGCACAAUGUCCGUUUAGGGAUCAGGAUUUUUCAGCCGCUGGGGUAGUGGGAUGUUUUAUAUAAUAAUAAUUAUUAUUACUAUAGAUAGAGAUGUAUUGCAGCGCUGCCUUAUAUAUCAGAAUAACAAACACAGACAAAGAAGUCGAUCGCAAACCCACGCUUUCUUUACGACAGUCACGUGAAGCCUGAAUGUCCACUCUGUGAACAAAAUUCCCUGGAAUAUCACGCUACCUGCUACGUGCUACGUGCUACGUGCUACGGCAUCCCGAUUCACAACCUGAAUGUCUCCAUGGCAGAACAGCCAGUGUUUUGACGCAAAAUCUCUUUCUUAAAUAUCUUUUUUUUUUUUAAAAAAAGAGACAUGAUGUCUUUCUUCCAAAGCGAACAUUCUGUGCAGGGAAGCUGGCGGAAGGCUUCGAGCUCGGAGAACAACGAUCACGAGCCCCCUGAAAGCGUCGAGACGAAGGGGUGGACGGGUGAAGGGGUGAAGGGGGCGAAUAUUUACAGUUACGACCGGCUCUUUUGUUGAAACGUGUGGUGAUAACGUCUGUACAUAUCGGCACUCUGUAUCUCACCUCUGUACUCGACACUGUAGAGGAGCACUUUUACACUGCCAUCUGGAUGCAUAUUAUCUGUGUGUGUGUUUGUGUGUGUGUGUGUGUGUGUGUGUUUGAGAGAGAGAGAGAACGAGAGAGAGAGAGAGAGAGAGAGAGAGAGAAAGAGAGAGAUAAAGUAUAUAUGUGUGAGACAGAGAGCUAGUAUAUACUGUAUGACUGUACUGGGACCAGCAUCGAUGUGCUUUAUUCCCAUUCUCUUGUUCAAUGUUUAUACUGUAAAUAGUAGUUUGGAGCUCACGUUUUCUUUCUUUUCUUUUUUUUCUUUUUUCUUUUGUUUCCUUUUUUUUUUUUUUUUUUUUUUUUUUGCAAAGUGCUAACAGUAUGUGUGAGGGCCAGGUCCCGGUUUUAAAUGUACAUAUAAAUUUAUGAAGCAAUCAGUGGUGGUCAUAUUUCAUUCGUAGUGUUGUAGUAAACUGCAUGCACUAUACUAACCAACUACAUGGUGACAUUAUUUUAAAAAGCCAAAAGAAUAAAGAUCAUAUUUUUUGUACCAAAGUAUAAUUAAUUUCCUCAUCGAUAUAACUGUCUCACGAUGUUCAUGACUAUCAUGAAGCCCCCCCACGAUGUACCGGAAAUUUUUAUCAUCUCUAUCGACUGAAGUUUCUUUUUUUUUUGUUACGUUGAAAUGUUUUUUUGUUUUGUUUUGUUUGUUUGUUUGUUUGUUUUUUUUGAUGAUGUGUGUUCAGAAUGUGCAAAAUGACUUUUAUUCCAUUGAAUCGGAGCAAAAAGGUUUCUGACGUACACUGUAGUUUUCCAAAAUAAAGCAUAUUUUGGGAAGCCGAUA